UCUAAUAUAUUUGCAAAACAUAUCUGUGUUGUACGUGUCUUUGUUGAAUAUGCUGGUGAGUGCAUGGUCGCAUUAGAGCCGUGUUUGACACUUUUAUUCAAAUUUUGUUUGACCUGUUUUGUUUAAGUACGUGUGUUUCAACAUGGGCAACUUAGAUGAUUUUUUUGCUAAAAAAGAUCGUAAAAAGUCAAAGACUGUUAAGAAAUUUUCGACGGCAGAUGAAAUAGCGAAAAAAAUGGAUGAUUCCACGAAGAAGUCUGACACAAAAACGAAAAAAGAAAGCGAGGAACCUCAGACUCCCGUCAGAGAUGAGGACGAAUGGAAAGAUUUUGAAGAAGAGAAGAAGGAUUACACCGGUCUCAAAAUCGGGCAUUUGUUAAUAAGUGAACCCGAACAAUCUCAAAACGCAGCUGAUAGCGAUUGCGUGUAUCACAAUAGUGACGGUGAGACUACCGUAAAUAAUGAUAAAGUAGUCGGUCCCUGGAAAAAGAUAAGUGAAACUGCUCCUGUUGUAAUAGAAGAAAAAGUAGAAAAGCCUGCGCCAGCAAAACCAACUGGUGGCUACGUGCCUCCAGCGCUUAGGAAUCAAUCAUCCUCCAACAGAACAGUCAAUAGGAAUAAAAGCCGUGCGGCGCCUGAUAUACACAAUGAAGAGUUUUUUCCUACGUUAUCAUCUAGUAAAAAUGAAGUAUCAAACGCAUGGGUUCGCAAGAAGGAAGGCACUUUUGAAGAAGUUAAACACGGCAAUCGAAAUGUUCGAAGUGACCAAGGUGGAAAUGCACCCUUAUCUCUUGGUAAUCGCUUCAACACUCUAGCUGAUUCCAGCUAGGAUAGUGUAAAAAUAGAAGCAGAGCUAUAUAUUUUCAUUUAGAUUACCAAAAAAAAAAAAAA